AUGAACGCUUUUUUCGCUCAUCCACCCAGUGGGCAUUCGUUCACUCCCCGUGCGGGUACGCAUCACGGCGACGCCGGUCAAGCUACCUCGCAGCCCGGGCUUCAGCAUCCAGAACCACCCUCCGGGAAUAUCAUCUGGGCCCGGGAAUAUCCUACCACUACAGAUAUCAAGCCGCCCCGUUCAUCUGAAGAUAUCCAGGCUAGAAGCGAGUCCAUCAUCCACUGCACCGAGUGGCCUUCAAUAAGGCUAAGCUCGAAACUUGGUGUCGGAUCCUCUUCGGUGGAAUUGUUCUAGCGUGGAUAUCGUUAUGUUCUCGAAAGCGACCAUCAUUCCAACCACCUUCUUUUUUCUGGAUCUUCUUUUAGCGUUG